AUGGGCUGGCAGCGCCCGCAUGACCCACGCCGGCGGGAGGGCGUGGGGAAGCAAGCCGGGCGCGCACGCUGCCGGGCUGUAUCGCCGCCCCGCCGCCGUUGGGACGGGAAGUGAGAAGCCCGGGCCCGCAGCGCCAGCGAGCCGGUGAGAGUGUCCCGUAGUCUCUUGCAUCCGGGCUGAAGCAUGGCGGUCGCUAAGGUGGCUUUAACCAAGAGAGCAGAUCCAGCUGAGCUUAGAACAAUAUUUUUGAAGUAUGCAAGCAUUGAAAAAAAUGGUGAAUUUUUCAUGUCUCCCAAUGACUUUGUCACUCGAUAUUUGAAUAUUUUUGGAGAAAGCCAGCCUAAUCCAAAGACUGUGGAACUUUUAAGUGGUGUGGUGGAUCAGACCAAAGAUGGAUUAAUAUCCUUUCAAGAAUUUGUGGCCUUUGAAUCUGUCCUGUGUGCCCCGGAUGCUUUGUUCAUGGUGGUCUUCCAGCUAUUUGACAAAGCUGGCAAAGGAGAAGUUACUUUUGAGGAUGUUAAGCAAGUUUUUGAACAGACCACAAUUCAUCAACGUAUUCCAUUUAACUGGGAUUCAGAGUUUGUGCAACUCCAUUUUGGAAAGGAAAGAAAAAGACACCUGACGUAUGCAGAGUUCACUCAGUUUUUACUGGAAAUACAACUGGAGCAUGCAAAGCAAGCCUUUGUUCAAAGGGACAGUGCCAAGACCGGAAAAGUCACAGCCAUUGACUUCCGAGACAUCAUGGUCACCAUCCGCCCUCAUGUCUUGACACCUUUUGUGGAAGAAUGUCUAGUAGCUGCUGCUGGAGGUACCACAUCCCAUCAAGUUAGCUUCUCUUAUUUUAAUGGAUUUAAUUCGCUCCUUAACAACAUGGAACUCAUUAGAAAGAUCUACAGCACUCUGGCCGGCAACAGGAAAGAUGUAGAGGUGACUAAGGAGGAGUUUGUUCUGGCAGCUCAGAAAUUUGGUCAGGUUACACCCAUGGAAGUUGACAUCUUGUUUCAGUUAGCAGAUUUAUAUGAGCCACGAGGACGUAUGACCUUAGCCGACAUUGAACGGAUCGCUCCUCUGGAAGAGGGAACUCUGCCCUUCAACUUGGCUGAGGCCCAGAGGCAGAAGAAGGCCUCAGUAGAUUCAUCUCGACCAGUUCUCCUACAAAUUGCUGAGUCAGCCUACAGGUUUGGUCUGGGUUCUGUUGCUGGAGCUGUCGGAGCCACUGCUGUGUAUCCUAUCGACCUCGUGAAAACUCGAAUGCAGAACCAACGGUCGACUGGCUCUUUUGUGGGAGAACUUAUGUAUAAAAAUAGCUUUGACUGUUUUAAGAAAGUGCUGCGCUAUGAAGGCUUCUUUGGACUGUAUAGAGGUCUGUUGCCACAGUUAUUGGGAGUCGCCCCAGAGAAGGCCAUAAAACUUACAGUGAAUGAUUUUGUGAGGGAUAAAUUUAUGCGCAAAGAUGGCUCAGUUCCCCUGGCCGCAGAGAUUCUUGCUGGAGGCUGUGCAGGAGGCUCCCAGGUGAUUUUUACAAAUCCUUUGGAAAUUGUCAAGAUCCGUCUGCAAGUGGCUGGAGAAAUCACCACCGGGCCCCGAGUCAGUGCUCUCUCUGUCCUAAGGGACCUAGGGUUCUUUGGGAUCUACAAGGGUGCCAAAGCAUGCUUUCUGCGGGACAUUCCUUUCUCGGCCAUCUACUUCCCAUGCUAUGCUCAUGUGAAGGCUUCCCUUGCAAGCGAAGAUGGACAGAUUAGCCCUGGAAGCCUGCUCUUAGCUGGCGCCAUAGCGGGUAUGCCUGCGGCAUCUUUAGUGACCCCUGCUGAUGUUAUCAAGACGCGAUUACAGGUGGCCGCCCGGGCUGGCCAGACCACUUACAGUGGAGUGAUAGACUGCUUUUGGAAGAUACUGCGGGAAGAGGGCCCAAAAGCUCUGUGGAAAGGAGCCGGCGCUCGUGUGUUUCGGUCCUCUCCCCAGUUUGGUGUAACUCUGCUGACCUACGAAUUGCUACAGCGAUGGUUCUAUAUUGACUUUGGAGGAGUGAAACCCAUGGGAUCAGAGCCAGUUCCUAAAUCCAGGAUCACACUGCCUGCUCCCAAUCCUGAUCACGUGGGUGGCUACAAACUGGCAGUUGCAACGUUUGCAGGGAUUGAAAACAAAUUUGGACUUUACCUACCUCUCUUCAAGCCGUCAGCAUCUACCUCACAAGCCCUCAGGGGAGGCCCAUAGGAGGACUAGCCCUGGGCUGUUGCUGUAGCUUUGUUGUUACUGCAGUAAAGGAGGCCCCUUCUCAGAUUGAAGCAACGCUUCAUUCCUUUCACGUCCAUCUCCUGUUUAAAUGCAAGUCGAUGCCUUUUAUAAGGUGAAAUCAUUUAUUUUUUGUGUGUUUUCUUAACUAGAUCAUUGGGAAAUUAUUUGUAAUUAGUCUUGGGGUCUCUGCUCACCAACCUGACAUUUGCUAGGAUUUGGUAAACACUAACCUGACUUGGGGGAAGGAAUAAAUCUGAAUAGAAAUUAGAACUGUUCUCCCUGGAUUAGGAUUAGAGUCCCACAAAGGCUACUGAAAGGCAAUCAUGGUGCUCAGAGCAAGUGUAUAUUUAACCUGGUAGGAAACUGGGUGCAUACUUAUAAAAGUAAAAAACACUGGAAGAAAUGAAAACAUUAUCAGAAAGAGCCAGCCUGGCUUCAGAUUUUAAACAUGCACUAAUUCUGUCUCUGGAUUAUAUUAUAAAGCUUUUAUGUGAAACAUGUUCUUUUGUAAUGAAAGCCACAUUGAAGAUGUUUAAUAAUCAUAUGCUGUUACUGGUACUAAGACUACUGGGGUAAAGUCUGUGUACUUUAGGGAAGUACUCUUGGCAUUUUACUCUAUAGACAGAGAAAUUAGGAGACACAGCACCUCUCCUGGUCAGGCUCAUUUUGGAUAACUGCACAUAUAAAUCACGUGUGCUGAUGACUUCCUGUGUCAAUCAACACUGUAGGAAAAAACUUAUACCCCCCAUUACUGGUACCUGCUCUCACCCCUGCUGACCUCUUGUAUUUGGCAUCCAUUUGCCUUUAAAAUCCAUUUUAUCUUGAAUCAUGUAAGGCAGAUACAUUGUAAUAAGUUUUUACUUAAUUUGUGGUGCCUUGCACAGUGGUCAGAAGGCUCAAGUGUUUGUGAAAAAGGAAAUAAACUAUUUUUAAAGCGA